AUGCUCGCCCCAGCUGCAGCUGUCGGUCUCCUGGGAUUUGGAGGUCUCGGUCCAGUAGCAGGAACCUUUGCCGCCAUGGCCCAAGCAGGCAUCGGCAAUGUCGCGGCCGGCAGCUUGUUCGCAACGCUACAGAGCGCAGGGAUGGGCGGAGCGGGCGCGGCGAUGGUGCAGACACUGGGAGCUGCGACUGGUUUCGGUGGUGCUUUAACUGCUUGGAAAGGAAGAAAGCGAUGA